AUCCUUAUCAACAACAAAUUAAAAUGACUUGUAAAUCGACCAAGAAAAAGGAGAAGCCAACCAAAUUCACGCACAUGUUUCUUUGUAAGAUAUUCCAAGCAUGGAGAUCUGCAGUCCAGGAAGUACGGUUGAAUGUCAAGGAUGAAGUAAAUAAAUCCAAGUUUUCUGCAGAGAAGGCACUGAUCCCCGGAGUAGUUGGUCUGAGGAACCUCGGAAAUACGUGUUACAUGAAUUCUAUUCUUCAGGUUUUGGGGCAUCUGGACAAGUUUCGUCACUUUUUUGUGAGUAUGCCCGUUAGGUCGCUGACCUCUGCCCACUCAUGUUGUCACUCAUGGCCUCACAACCAGGUCACCACAAACACUGGUCAAAGCUGUAGCAGCACAAACAGCUCUCGGAACCGGAAUACUGAGAGCUUGCAGCUGCUGCGUAAAUGUCCACUGAAAGGUGGCUUGAAUGGUGGUGCUACUCAACAGAAACCAUUACCUCCCAGAUUACUGCCUCUUUCACCCUCCUCAAGCCAUCACAAGCUGGCCAAAUGGGAGAAGUCAGUCUCCCUUUGUGAAGAACUACGGUCCCUAUUCCAAGCUCUCUGGUCUGGCCAGUCAUCCGUUGUCAGCCCAAAUGCUCUACUUCAGGCUGUCUGGGAUUAUAUUCCAGCUUUCCAAGGUUAUUCACAACAAGAUGCACAAGAGUUCUUGAGUGAACUUCUUGACAAAGUCCAAGCAGAGCUGCACCAUCUUGGUUAUAUCAACAAAUCUCAAGAUGUUGUCACAGAUACAUUCCAGGGGGAAUUGGUCAGUGAGAUAACAUGUUUGUCCUGCGAACAGAAGUUUCAAACCUAUGAACCAUUUAUGGAUUUAUCUCUUGAGUUUCCAUCUCGCUACCAGAGAAAGUCUCCGAAUUGGAAGAUUGCCAGUAAUGUUUGUCAUAUAACAGAAAUGCUUUCCCAUUUCACAAAAUCAGAACGUCUGGAUGGCAGGAUAUAUGCUUGUGAUUCUUGUAAUGGUAAAAGACGAUCAAAUUCUUCUGCUAAAAUCUACACCAAAAUCAAAAAGCAAUUUUUAUUGAGCAAACUACCUCAUGUCUUGCGUCUUCACCUGAAACGGUUUAGAUGGUCGAAAGGUAACCACAGAGAGAAGAUAGCCACACACGUCUCAUUUGACAAGUUUUUGAACAUUCAACAGUUUUGUGCCAAAUCAAUGAGCAGCAUACAAUCCCAGCGCCUUUACCAACUCUCAGCCAUUAUCAUCCAUCAUGGUAAAGGUUUUGGGUCAGGCCAUUACACAGCUUUCUGCUGGAGCAAAGAGGCUGACUCUUGGAUACUUUGUAAUGACACAAAUGUGCAACAGGUUCCCAUGAAGGAGGUGUUCAAAUCCCAAGUGUACAUCUUAAUCUUCUCCCUACUAAAUCCUUCACAGGAGCCACCGAAUGACACUACCACUUCCACCUCCACCACAACCAUCCCUGAUCUUGCAAAAACCUAUAUGAAAACAACAGACAGCAAAGGGUCAACAACAAGGGACUCUUUCACUCAUAUACUGACUACCUCGGAGGAGAACACUGACCCCUUCAACCCAUCUCCUCCCCCUCCUCCUCCUCCAUCUCCUCCACCUUCUUCUCUCAAGACUGCAGUAAAGUCCUCCCCAACCAAAACGGUGACCACUCAGCAACGCAAGAUUCCAUGUCUGUUAUAUUUUGAAAGCCCCUAUUACACAAGAAGCAAAAGCCGGCGCAAGCGAAGGGUCUGUGUUUCUCAGGCACUGUGCAGUAGCGUCGUGAAACCCAGCAGUCGGAAGAGGAAACACAAAUGCUGCAGCAGGUUAAAAAGCAGCGCUAACAGCGGCAGUAAAAAACGCAAACGCAAUGCAACAUAAAAUGCAGAACAGAAGAAAACUUUCCGUUUUGAUAAAUUGAAUUUUUGUGUUGGUGUGAGCGAGUGUGGUAGCGACAUAAAUUUGACUGACUUUCACUUGACUUUGCAUAAAAAAACAUUUCUUUCCUCCUCCUGUUCAUGUAUGUCAGCAUUCCUCUUUCCUUUCAGAAUACCAUUUUUCAUCUCAAAGACUGAAAUAAUUCAUACAGAAAGCCAUAAGAAUUUUUUUUAGCUGUUUGCUGAUAUUCACAUGUAGCUUUUUUUCCACUUUUUUAUACUAAAAUUGAAACAAACCAAAAAUUGUCAUAAAAAAAGAAAAAAAUGAACAACAAU